GUAGAACCACCUUAUAGCAUCCAUUAAUUGAUAGGGAGAGAGAGACAGAGAGAGAUAAGGGAAGAGUGCUCUCCAUGAGGGUAUCUCUGAGCACAAGUGCUAGAUAGCGAGCCGUAGCGAGUAGCGAGUAGCGAGCAAAGGUUAUUAGCAAAGUGACACAAGAUUUGUUGGAUCAUCAUCACAACCAUCACCAUCACCAUCACCCAUCGGUCCAUCAUCGUCAUCAUUUACAACUCACACACCUGUACCUGUACCUGUACCACCAUGUCUGCAACUAAUGAGAAGGCCGCAGAGCAAGAGCAACAACACCCUCCUCCUCCUCCUCCUCCUCUAACCCACCUCUUUUUCCUUUGCUUAUCAUCGCUGCCCAACCCCACUAAACAUGACCCGGAAAAGCAAAUACAGUUGGUUCUACCAACCAUCUCCGAUAUUGUCUCCGAAAGUAAAUCACUCAUCAACCUCGCCUUCCCCAUGGUCCUAACUGCCCUCAUUCUCUACUCUCGCUCUAUCCUCUCCAUGCUUUUCCUCGGCCACCUCGGCGACCUCCAACUCGCCGCUGGCUCCCUCGCCAUCGCUUUUGCCAAUAUUACCGGCUACUCCGUCCUCUCCGGCCUUGCUCUAGGCAUGGAGCCUCUCUGCUCCCAAGCCUUCGGAGCAAAUCGUCCCAAGCUUCUCUCUGUAACCCUUCACCGCACAGUGAUUUUCCUCCUCCUCUCUUCGAUACCCAUUUCGCUUCUCUGGUUCAACAUGUCCAAAAUCCUGCUUUAUUUACACCAAGACCACAGUAUCACCCACAUGGCUCACACGUACCUAAUGUUCUCUCUCCCCGACCUUUUCUCCAACUCUUUCCUUUAUCCAAUCCGCAUUUACCUUCGCGCUCAGGGCAUCACCCACCCGGUCACGCUAGCAUCCCUCGCUGGCACGGUUUUCCUCUUGCCAAUGAACUUUUUGCUUGUCAUCCACUUCCGGCUCGGCGUGGCCGGCGUAGCCGCUGCCUCAGCCGUUUCCAACAUCUUCGCGCUCUUAUCCAUUGUCUUAUACGUGUGGGCCACCGGGCUGCACGAGCCGACCUGGACUGCGCCGAGCCGAGAGUGCUUAACCAACUGGAAGCCGCUCCUCCGGCUAGCCGCUCCAAGCUGCGUCUCUGUCUGCCUGGAAUGGUGGUGGUACGAGAUCAUGACCGUCUUGUGUGGCCUCCUGGUGAACCCCAAGGCCACGGUGGCGUCAAUGGGCGUCUUGAUCCAAACCACGGCCCUGAUUUACGUGUUCCCGUCCUCCCUCAGUUUCGCCGUGUCGACACGUGUCGGGAACGAGCUCGGCGCCAACUCUCCGUACAGGGCGAAAUUAUCCGCUGUGGUGGCGGUGUUCCUGGCGGCCAUAAUGGGCCUAUCAGCGAUGAUCUUCGCAUCGGGGAUGAGGGAUAAGUGGGCCCGGAUGUUCACGAACGACUCCGAGAUCCUUCGGUUGACAGCGGCCGCCCUGCCGAUCCUAGGGCUGUGCGAGCUGGGCAACUGCCCGCAGACCGUGGGGUGUGGGGUCCUCAGAGGUAGUGCGCGCCCUACCACGGCGGCUAACGUCAACCUGGGCGCAUUUUAUCUGGUGGGCAUGCCCGUGGCUGUUGGGCUAUCUUUCCGCCUAGGCGUUGGAUUUUGUGGGCUUUGGGUCGGGCUCUUGGCGGCCCAGGUGUGCUGCGCUGGACUCAUGUUGUACGUGGUCGGUACCACUGACUGGGACCUACAAGCUUGGAGGGCCCAGAUGCUAACGUGCGCCGGCGGUGGAAACACGGAGCUAACCAGCGUUUGCAAGGGUGAUGGGGAGGAGCAAGAGCCACUGGCUUCCAUUGUCGUCGUCACUCCCUCUUGCCAACCCAUAGACUAAUUUUUUUUUUAAUUUUUUCGUUUUUUUGAUUGUGCCCAAUGCCGCCUAUGUGGCAUGGACACAAUUCUUCCUUGUGAAUUAUUAAGAUCGAUA